AUGUCGCGUGCUUUGCCUGCAAGCGCGACUUCCCCAUGGACGUCAGCGAGGUCCCGUUCUGGAAGCCAAACGCCGGCGGAUCCGCCAAGGCAGCGUCGCCAAGAGACAGCGCUAGCAAGGACCGUAAACCCUCUCGAGACCGAGUACUAUGACUGGCUCGAGGUGUCGCCGACAGCCACACAGUCCGAAAUCAAAAAGAAGUACUACACAAGAACCCGUCAGGCCGAGGCUGAGGACAAGUUCAAGCAGAUCUCAGAAGCGUACCAGGUCCUGUCAGACCCGAAGCUGCGCAAGCAGUACAACGAGCUGGGCGCCGAGAAGAACCGCGAGGAGAACAGCAUGAUCGACCCGACGUUCUUCUUCAACCAGCUGUUUGGUGGCGAGCGGUUCGUCAACAUGAUCGGCGAGCUGAACAUCAUCGCCGAGCUCAGCUCGGUGGUCGAGGACGCCGAGAACGAGGACGAGGGCAGCGCAUCUGACGGCAAGGCCAUCGAGCACGGCUCGCCGGGCACCGAGCAAGACAAGGCGGCGCGCAAGGCCGAGAAGAAGCGCAAGAAGGAGGAGCAGCUCAAGAAGCAGCAGGAGGCGGAUGCGCGCAACAAGGUGCGGGUGGCGAAGCUGGCUGAGAACCUGAAGAACAAGCUGGACAUCUACGUGGAGAACACGCAUGCGGACCCGAAGCGGGCGCUGGCUGCGUGGGAGGCGCAGAUCACGGCCGAGGCUGAGGACCUGAAGACAGAAUCGCUGGGCGUGGAGCUGCUCCACACGAUCGGCCACAUCUACCGCUUCAAGGCCAACAAGUUCCACGAGAAGCAGGAGUUCCUGGGUGGCUUCCGCGGCGUGUACCAGUCGUUCAAGGAGACCGGCCAGAUCAUCGGCAGCGCCUACACGACCAUCAAGGCCGCCAUGGAUCUGCAGCGCACCGCAGUCCUGUCGCCCGAGGAGAAGCAGCGCCUGGAGGAGCAGGCCGCCAAGAAGGCGCUCGAGGCGCUGUGGAAGAGCGGCAAGCUGGAGAUUGAGAACAUUCUGCGCGAGGUGUGCGACGCGGUGCUGCACGACGCCAGCGCCGACAAGAAGGUGCUGAAGCGGCGAGCGGCUGCGCUCAAGGCCAUGGGCGACAUCUACUCGGGCGUUGUGGCCGACCCGGACCAGGUGCCGAACCCGUUCAUGCCGUUUGAGACCGGUACCAGCCAGUAG